CAUAAGCUGCGAUUAUCAUGUACCUGUUGGCUUCUAAUUCAAGAUUCUUUUGGAGAUUAGCUCGCUGAUAUCUUAAAGGCUUCCCCUGUGAGUAGAAUGCCGGUUCGUCGGGGCCAUGUGGCUCCUCCGAACACCUUUAUUGAGACAAUUAUACGCAAGUUUGACGGGCAGAAUCGUAAUUUUAUCAUCGCCAAUACUCAAGUCGAGGGUUGUGCCAUUAUUUUCUGCAACGAUGGAUUCUGUGAACUUUCCGGAUACUCCCGUGCUGAGCUUAUGCAGCGACCUUGCUCCUGCGUCUUCCUUCAUGGUGUUGGUACCAGCCAAGAUGCUGUACAGGAGAUACAAGAAGCUUUGGAUAAGGGUGAUGAGCACCAGGUGGAGAUUACAUACUACAGGAAAGAUGGAACAAGCUUCCUAUGUGGCGUCCUCGUGGCUCCAGUCAGAAAUGAGAAUGAAGAGGUGAUAAUGGUGAUCAUGAACUUUGAAGAUCUAAGUGAGAUCAGUAAAACAAGCUCAGCUUCGUCGGCGUCACAUCCUAACGACACAACCUCAACAUCGACUUCUACCGGUUGCGGGCAUAGCACACAAAUGAACAGGUGGAAGAGAGUCAGAAAUAACCACCGGACAUUCCGCCUUCGUUUACCAUCCCUUUACAAACAGUCGAAGCUGCAAACACCUGAAGACUACAACGGUGAAAACGACGAUCCCGAAAACCCAGCCCCCAAAUUUGAGCCCGACAGUUCCCUUCCGCUAAUGGGCCUCUCGAAAAAGGACAUGAACGGACAACACGAUACGACGAUCUCCCCAACAAUGUCCACGCGAUCGAUGCAGUCCGACUCUGCGCAUUUAACCACCGAAGCUACGACGAGCUCGGCGGAUUCUGGGAUACGCAGGGACAUGGCCAGGGUACACCAGUACACCUCUCCGAGGGGCGAUCAUUUGGAUGGUAGCGGACAACAACUACAAGUUGGAGAGUACCAGCGUUUGGAUCGUAGUCGGACACCGGUGAUUAGGUCACCCUCAAAUACCUCGUUCUCAAAUCAGAGUGGGUGGAGCGUAAGGCGGGCAUCUUCCCUUGAGUGCCUGGAGAGCAUGCAACAGAAGGACCGACCCAAAGCCACCAAAAUGGACUCAUUAUCUCCAGGCGCUGCCAGGAAUUUACAGUUUGCAGUGUCGGACUCGGAUCUGAGCAGAUAUAAAGCGGACAUUGUGAACAUGUUGAAUGGUGGAAGUAUGUACGAUCGAGACUCAUCUCCGACAGCCAGCACUGGGGCUCAAAAUAUCUUCACUCCUGUCAGCUCCAAAGUCUCCCAGCUCAUUGCAAUGCUGGUCAGACUGCAGGGAACCAGCGUGAAUCUGUCACAUCUGAUUUGGAGAAUGUUAAUUUCAAGACUCAAGUGA